AAUGACCGAUUUAUCAUCAGUGCGUGUUGCUUGACCAGACUGCCAGCUCCUUGGCUUGGAAUCACCCUCUGUCCACAGGUGUCCAUCCAUUCAUCCAUCCAUCCGCCGAAAUGACAAGGCACCCGCUCCCUCACAGCUGUACAAGCAAAACCAACAGGUCAUCCAACCUUGCUCACUGCACACUUGGGGCAACCACACAGAAAGUGCUGCGCUGCCCUUCCGGGGAGUAGACAGCGAAGCACUGCAGGCAAGGAGCAGAGCAGCCGACACAGGAUAGUCACAGACAAGCAAAGCCAUACUUCACUGUCUCAUCACACCGCCACGCCUCUCUGACAGCGCCCGCCUCUCUUGACAGCAUCGAUCACAAGAACGGCACGCUGAUCGGCCAGCCGAUGGCGAAAGUAUGCACAGCAGCCGGCACUGAGCAGACCACCACACUCUCUGACUCACUCGGUCAUCCGAAAGGGUUGCCGCCCGGCCACGACCCAUUCUGCCAUUCCUCCCACAUUUUCUCCCACAGGUCUUUCGCUGCACAAGUACACAAUCACACGCACGUCACAGGCCGGUGUGAUGGCUGCAGGUCGGUCGUGUGAUGCGUUGUGUCCGUUCCCAUCUUACUGAAGUUGAAGUCAGGUCGCCAGUCAGCGAACCUGUCGUCGGCAUCGCCAAAGUAAUCGUCGAAUCGGGAAUCCUCAGACUGACCAACGCAAUCAAGGUGGCACACACCGCACUCACUCACAGGCAUGUCAGUCAUGUGGCUGCCUGACUGUAAGUGUGUGUGUACUGUACGGUGUCUUUGUAUAGUUGGCAUCUGCCGGUGAUGAGCGUGUAGCCCUCGGCACACUCGUCACACGUGUAGGGGGACUGACACCGCACACAGUGCUCCGGACAAUCUGACCAUCACAUCACGGAAGCAACAGAAACAAACAAACGGGGUGAUUGAUGCACCUGUGUCGGUUUAGUUUAUCGGCCGUGCGCACCUUUGCAGAAUCUGUAGUAGGUGGUCUUUCUGAAGGUGCUGUUCUGCUCAGGGCAGGGCGCCACACACAUGCCUGUGGAGGACUGAGUGCUGGCCCGUGUGGCGUCUGUCACGUGAGGCACCAGCGUGUUGGGCGCCAGACACGAUGUGCAGUGGAUCUCAUACGAAUCCACACACGUCAGGCAGCUGCUGUGACACGCUGCGGGCACACAACAUGGAUGGAAGGACAGGGAGAAAAUAUAUAAAGGUACCUGAUUUGCUGUCCGCCUCGGUGUGUGUGUGUGCUGACGUGCGCAUCCGCUUCCGUCGGCGAGAGGGAAUUCGCCAUCGAGGCAGACAGUGAGGCACAGCCGCCGCUCGUCUAGAACAUAGCCGCCCGAGCACUUGGUGCACUCGAACUCCAGCGGCCCCGUACACUCAUCGCAGUGAUCCACACACGCUGAAUAGGACACACACACACACACACACACACACACGCGCACAUGCUCCCUCCCGCUCCCGAAGGACAUGAUGCGCAUGUCGGUCUCCUUCCCUCCUCCCUCCUUGAUACACACACACACAUACAUACGUAGAUACCUUUGCAUUCUCCCCCGAAUCGAUAGAAGCCGGUGGUGCACGGCGGCACGCACUGGUCCCGCCAGAUGGUGUACCCCUCGUCGCACUCAUAGCACACCCACUGCAGAUCCCAGUCCUGCAGAUGGCAGCGGGCGCAGUUGGGGUCGCACUUGAGCACACCAUAAGCCACGGCAGAGCCCAGCAGCGGCAGCAGGGCAAGCAUCAGAGAAGAGGAGAUGACUGACGCUGCCGUGACUGUGGACCAGAACAUGGGUAGGAUGGAUGGGCAUGUUGGUGUCAUGCCGAGGCCUUGGUAAAGGGCAGAUGGUGGCUUCAGAUCAGCACCGGCAAGGCGUCGUCAGCUGCAAACGGCGUCAGAUCUCCAUCAUUUUCCGCAUUUUCUUCAGUGGAUAGGUCUGCGAGGACCUGUCCAUGACCUUCACCCCUCUGGUCGUCACCGUCGAUGGGGUGUGGGGGAGGGAGGCGGAGCACUUCUUCACCCGCUUGACUGAGCAGCUGUUGACG